AUGAAUUAAUGAAAGAUGGUGAUGUUGAUAAUAAAGAAAAGGAAAAUAAAUUGUUAUAUUAUCAAAAAUCUAUUGAAGCAAAUCAUAUUGAUAAAGUGCUAAUUGUUGAUCUAAAUAAAUUAUUGAAAAUAGAAUCAAAUCAAU